CGCUGCUUAUGCUUGCAACCGCGGUGAGCGCUGUUGUGUUACGGACUGCAGCCGGCGCUUCAGGUAGGUGCGUGCUUGGGCGGCGUGCAUCUGACAUCUUAUUGGUGAUCACCCGGCCUUAACGUAGGAUGUGUGCCAGGGAGCGGCACCCAACGAUCUCCAAGGGUGUCUGCCCUGCUUGACGUGUAAAGUGGGAUCAUGUCGCCUCGCCUAACAGGUCGAGGGGAUUUGUUGACUGCCUCCUUUAAGUCUCCUGGGGCAUCCAGCCAACAUGCUUCACCGCUCCACCGUAGCUGCUCGACAUGUUGCGACGACUAAGCAGGCAACUGAACGAAGAAAGAGAUGGCCUCAAACUUGAACGGAAGAGUAGUAAGAGAGAGCGGAUCUCACAGUUCUUUCGUACAAAGUCGAUGAGAAGACAAAAGCCACAGCAGCACGAUGAAGCACUUACAAACAAGCGCGAGGGCGAAGUACUUUCUUUGCAUAAAGCACCCAGCCCCGAGCAGAGGAACGCACCACACUUUGAGCCCUCAAGCGGACCCGUCGAUGCGCCGAAGCCAGCACCGCUUGACAACGGCGACGCAACGCUGAAAAAGUCACCGAUACCGACCCAUAGUCAACAGGGUGGCAUUGGAAGAAUGCAGCCCAAUGCAUCAACAGAGCAAAUCGAGGGAAUACCGUCGAAGUCUCAAUCAAGGGCGGGCCAAGAUGAGGAGCACGAUCUGCUCAGUAGCGAGAGCGUUCAUGCGCUCUUCUCGGGUGCUCCAAGCCUGAGCUUCAAGUUCUUGGACAGUCGGCCGUUGCCACAGGUGUCUUAUCCGUGGGACCAUGGAGUGAACCAUGAUGAUGCUACCGAUCACUUACGCCUGGAGCAACCAUCAUACUUGGCCUCAACAGCACAUACGAACACUCAAAUCGCGCAGUCGAUGCAAAGUGGAACGAUCGAACACCAAGUGUAUCAAACGAGCGCUGUCGAGACGCCGAAUUUGCUCAGUGCUCAGGGUAUUGAGCCAGGCAGUGUUGGGCUUGCUUACUUCUUAGAGCUGCCUCUGGCGGACCACCUCGUUACGGAGCCUCAGUACGAUGAAACAAGUGAGGAAUGUAUCGAGAUUGCCAGGAACAAAGACCUCAUGCAGACUAGCCCCGAGCGUAUCGGCAUACGCGCUGUUAACAUGAACUCGGUAUACGAUCGCCUGAUCGAAUUCCAGGAUUUGUACGAAGCAUUUCAGCAGAGCCCAGAACGCAUCACAAUCCUCAACAAUCAAAGUCUUGGCGACUUGUAUGCGCACCUUUUUAGUACGUUCUUGACGCCCCCUGGUUAUGCUGGAGCCGAACUCGAUCCCACGGGUCUGCAAGUACAGAUUGUUGCUAUUCUCAGGGUCCUAAAUCUGAAAGGCAUCUGGCACGACUUCAGCCUUGUCGAGUGGAGGAUCAGGCUUGGUCAAGUCCUCUUCAGCGAUCCUGAACCUGCGCUCGACGCAGAAACCAACCCCCUCUGGUCGGAACGGGAUGUUCUGCUGCUUCAGAUCAGUCUAUCCUGCGAACUUCUGCUUAGGCUGGAUGCAAUCUCGGCGACGAGAGCUGGCGAAGUGGACGAUCAAACACAUGUUAGUGCGCGAGAAGUAGCAGUGUUUGCAAGUAUUACCACUAGGAAAAUUGAAUGGGAUAUGAUCCUAGCACGUAAAUUUUUGGAAAAUAUCCUUGUCAUCAAGGGUGACGACAGCAGUGCUUUGACGCCAGUGCAAGAAAAGAGAGGAUUAUUUUCCAUUCUUGGUGUCAAUACCCCGAAGGAACUUCCUAGAUCUGAUAUUAUCUUUCUGCCACAACAUCAAUCUCGCCAACUCUCAGGACUCCUCCACUUCGCGGAAACAAUUAAAUGGCCAACGAUAGAUUCUGUUGUGAAGUCAUUGGCUGAGAAGCUCGGAGAUCCUGAUCAAAUCGCUGAGCAAGCACCGCAAACCUCGUCUCCUAGCGCGUGGACUUUCAACCCCACGACCCCUUCAGUCGUCAGUGUGUACGGAACACCUCUCCAAACUCCUCGCUCGGCGAACCAUCAACUUGAUGACUAUUUUGGACGGGUCCAAAUACCAACCAUGAGACGUGGCAACUCGCGGUCGCUACGAUUGCCCCUUUCCAAGACGCUGUUAUCACUUGAAGACAGUCCCAAAACAGCAGUGGUCGAUAUUGGCGGUUGGCUUAGCAGGUCUUUCUUAACAGGCUUGAUUCUGCCAGGUGAGGCCAUCUCCCAUCUAUUGAUAUCUACUCUCCUUGAAAAUGAUAAGCUUGCGAUGUCCGCCCUUGGGGACUCAGCAGAUCUAUACGGUGGUUUCGUCUAUAACGGCAGGAGCUGGUGGAGCAAAGCGUCCAUUGCGGGCCGAGUACUCGCGUGCUCAGAAGGAGCGCAAGAAUGUAUGGGAUGGAUCUAUGUGGACACCCUGCCAGAGGGUGCAAGCGACGGCUGGCAUUCCAUACGCAGCGAACAGUCGCCGAUCAGCUCACGUAUCGUUCCCGCCAAGGACGUGGUGGCGAUAGAUUCAUCUGCUUUGCCCACUAGCACGAGCAUCUCGGUCAAGUCCACAGACUUUGUGAUGCCCAAAGACCUCGAGGAUGUCUCCAAGGCGCAUAUCCGCUUUAUGCAGUGGGAUUUGACACCACUUAAUCCCGAUCUUAUCGACGAAGACACGGACGCCAGACGUUCAAGCGAAAGCGACGUUUACACUCCAUCGCUGUCAUUUCAAACUGACGGUGGCAUUGAAGAGCAUGUUCUAACACUCGCCCACGAGGUACAGUUUGUAACGUCUUGGCCUUGCUUCACGCCAGCUUCCACAUCGGCCGCCAGCCCGCGACAUGUGACAAAACGCUCGGUAACGGGUACACUGUCACACACAUCCUCAAAAAGAAGUGUGAGCACCAUGUUAUCCCGUCGCAAUAGUCACGGCUUCGAACCUCUUCUAUCACACCCUCCGGAGGCGGCAGUUAUGGGACCGCAGCGAAUGAAUACCGAUGAACGAGACAAUGAGCGAACAAAUCCGGCAAGACUGGAGAGACCAGUAGUCGCGCAUCCCCUGCAUGCGUCCUACAGUUACAAGAUCAUGCCAGUCGGUAGUGUCUUGCAGUCAGAUUUUUCGACACCUUUCACAGUGUCUGCAAACCAGCUGCCCACCUGUUCAGCUUCAACUCUUCUGAAAGACGGGCAUGAAGAAGGUGCAGGUCGCGAUGAUUACAGGACUGUGCUUGUUCUUGACGCACGGGGCAGUUCAGACGCUCAGUUACUCGCGAGAGCGUGGUGCGCCGAGAAGGGGCUCCAUGCCGUGAUCGGUCGUGCAGAAAGAACGUGCCUUGCUUGCUGUAUUCGAGAAGCACGUGGCUUAGCCGUCAACGUUGUAAUCAGGUGUUAGGAGAGUCAAAUUGGGCCUAACAAGCUUGUUGUAUUGGAGUAGUGGAAAGUAAGUACAAAGUGCAGAAGUUGGUGUGCAGUACGAACUUGGUGUGGUGACGCAUGAGCUAAAGAUGAAUAAGCCCCCGAACAGAGAGACGGGAUGGAAGGCCCGGAGAUCCACAAUAUCAGGGUACAGAGGAUUGCUUCCAGAUGAUAUACGCUCUGGUUGUAUUCCGCAUGUUCAGUUUGGAAAGACUGAGUGCCUGGUUCACGCAUUUGUAUGAUACCCCAUCACCUAAUAUGAAACCCUUUGCAAGAAAGCAUAACGCACCAACAACCUCCAUUUUCACAGGAUACAAGCGAUUCAAAAGUAUUUAAAUGAAUUAGCUAACUAAGG